GGUGGAGAAGGAGUUGUGGAUCUGGUUGAAAAGUGAAAAGUUAGGUGUGAAUCAUGGCUGUGGGUUCCCAAACGUUUGGACACCUGCCUAACUCUUUCUCCUGGUCCACAGGACUUCGGAAGGAUGAGGUCCUCCCUGAGGCCUUUGGGACCGCCUGUGAGCCGGGACCGCAUCAUCGUCAGCUUCCCUAAGUGGUACACUCCUGACGCCUGCCUGCAGCACAAGGAACACUUCCAUGGGCAGGUCAGCGCAGCCUGUGAGCGCGGGGACACGGGUACUGUCGGGCUCAGACUCUCCAAGGUGGUGGUCGUCGGGGACCUCUAUGUUGGAAAGACCAGCCUUAUCCACAGGUUCUGUAAGAACAUCUUUGACCGUGACUACAAGGCCACCAUUGGCGUGGACUUUGAGAUUGAGCGCUUCGAGAUUGCUGGGGUUCCCUACAGCCUCCAGAUCUGGGACACGGCGGGGCAGGAGAAGUUCAAGUGUAUCGCAUCUGCCUACUACCGGGGCGCCCAGGUGAUCAUCACGGCCUUCGACCUCUCUGAUGUACAGACCCUGGAGCAUACCAGGCAAUGGCUGGAGGAUGCACUGCGGGAGAACGAGCCAGGCUCCAGUGCCAUCUUCCUGGUGGGGACCAAGAAGGACCUUCUGUCAGGGGCCGCAUGUGCUCAGGCUGAAAUGGAGGCCGUGCGCCUGGCCAACGAGAUACAGGCCGAGUACUGGGCAGUGUCAGCCAAGACAGGGGAGAACGUGAAGGCAUUGUUCAGCCGCGUUGCUGCCCUAGCGUUCGAGCAGUCAGUCCUGUGGGAGCUGGAGAGGAGGAGCAGUGCCCAGCCCCAGGUUGGCGACGCAAGCCUCAUCCGAAUGGAGGGGAGUCCACCUGAGGCCCAGGAGACUGAGAGGCCCUCAAGCCUGGGGUGCUGUUAGUGGGGCCCUGCGCUGGAUAACUCUACCGUGCACACACGGGCUGCGUGCCCAUGACCACAGAGGACAACGUGGAACCUGUACAUGUCUGCCACCAGGGGCGAAGGCCUUGCCCCAGCUCUUCCAUGACCCACUGCCGAGCCCGGCUCACCACCUCUCUGUGGCGGGUCAGGAUCAAGGAGGGCUCCCACCAGCUCCCCAGGGCCUCACUGCUCAGUCCGUGAGGCACUACAGGAUCACCUGGAAGGCUAUCCACUGGCAGGGUCAUCAGACAGUCCCUCCUGUCCUGAGAGGCCUUGACCCCUGCCCCACAUCCCUAGCCCACAUAGACAUCACCCAUUGAUCCUGACGCCUUUCCCAGGCCACCCUGAUGUCACCUCCAGAUCUUUCUCCACACGGCAUGCAGGUGCUGGACAUGCCAUCGUCAGUGCUGAGGGAAAACCCACCUGCCACCUCACCUGCACCCUGCCUCAAGGGUCCUGUUGUCAGAUAAGACUUGGAAUUGGUGUCUCGGAGCUUGGAAUCCCUGAGCCCCAGCCCUGUCUAAGACCGACUCCCAAGGUGGCUAUGGGCGAGCACUGCCCCCAGCAGAAGGCGAACAAGCAGGGCUCCCGAGACUCUCUGGUGCCUCACACUCCCUGGGGCCUGCACUUGGGCCCCCCAAACACUGACUGUAUGUUGGCCAUGCCCGCACAGUGGCCUGAGGGCGACACUGCAUGCUCAGCCUCUGCAGCUGUGACCCUGACUCCUGUGUGGUGCUGGGACCCGGGUGCCAGGGCUGCUGCUCACCUGUGUCCUCCCCACUGCUCUCUCCCAGAGGUCCUGAGUCACACCCAGCAGGACCCAGCCCUUUGCAGAAAAGUGCUAGGGAACAAGGGAGCGCUGGAGCAUGUCUCCUAGAACCCUUCUAAUCCAGGAUGCUCCCUGUCUCCACCACUUCCUCCUGUGUACCUAGGAAAGGUGGGAGUACCCACGACUCCCCCAGCUAUGCCCAGAGUGCCUGCCCCACAGCCAGCACCCUGUGCUCCUGGCCUGUCACGUGACCCCACCCCUCAGUACUGUUAACUGCCCACCUGCCCCACUCACCGUGCCCUCCUCUGCCAUGGGCAGGGGGCCCAUCAGGUGUCCCUGUCUCCUUUUGUAGACAGUGAGGCUUCUGUAGGCAGCAAUUUGGGCAACGUGGUCUCCUGGUGCCCUGAGUGGUACUGGCCCAUGUAGUGCCCAGUCAGUGCCUACCGACUUGGCCAAAUGUCUGGUGUUCAUUCCCCUUUCACUGUGUUUUUAGCUCUAUUUUUAAAAUUCAUAUAUGUAUAUAUAUAUACAUAUAUAUUUUGAGUCCUUGGUUGGUACAAACAGAUAACACACUUGGCUGCUAACCAAAAGGUUGAAGAUUCGAGUCCAACCAGAGGCAACUAGGAAGAAAGGCCUGGCAAUUGACUUCCAAAAAAUCAGCCAGAGAAAACCCUAUGGGGCACAGUUCUACUCUGACAUACACAGGUCAUUGUAAGUCAGAAUCAACAAUGGCA